GGCAAGGCGGCCUGCGGGAAGGAGGCGGCGGCGCCGGUCCCGCCAUGGACCGGAGGAAGAAGCCGCUGGACGUGGCCGCGUCCUCGCUGGUGGAUCUCAAAGCCGAACUCUUCCGAAAGCAAGAGGAAUUCAAGAAAGAAAAGCUGUUGAAAGAUGCUGGUGUCUUUGCAAAGCCCAGAACUUCUAAUAAGAAACCAAGUAUCUGGACCAAACAGAACACAGGAGUUGUAAAUCGAGCUGCAAAAGAUGUUGAGCAGAAGGCAGAAGAGCAGGAUAUAUUGGAUAAAUCAAGGAAGAAGCUUGAAGAGAAAGCAAAGCUGUAUGAGAAAAUGACAAAAGGAGACUUUCCAGAUGAAGAAACUGAGGAUUUGUACCUGGUGGAUUUCACUCAGAAGAUCAUAGACAAACAGCACGAAGUACAGGAGCUGAGGCAGAGUGAAGCUGCUGGGAAGACUUCAGAAAGAGACACAGAUGAGGAGGAAACUCAGCCUGAAGCAGACAUUCCACCACCAGAGGACCCGGAUGAGGAAUGGGUUGAUUAUGUUGAUUUCUUGGGCCGAUCUAGACGCUGUAUGAAGAAGGAUUUACCAAGCCUGCUUAAAAUGGAUCAGGAACUUCAAGGGAAAAGACAAGAACCUGAUGGGAAUACUCUGUUAUCUGAAGACAUGAGAAGAGAACUUCAGAGGCAGCAGUGGGAAAAGGAAGAAGAAGAAGCCCUCAGAAAACCCAUGGGACCCAUACAUUAUGAGGACAUUCGAGAAAAUGAGGCCAGGCAGCUCGGUGUUGGUUACUUUGCCUUUUCUCGGGACCAAGAACUGAGGCAUAAACAACGGGCAACCCUGGAUAUGCUGAGGGAGCAGACACUUGAUCAGAGAAAUAAACGUGAACAGCUGAAGGAGAAGAGGAAGGCAGCUCUAGAUGCAAGGCUGUCCAAACUUCGAGCAAGGAAGAUUAAAAAGUUAAGGGAAGCUGGAUUAGAGGAAGAGGCAGAAAAACUGGAGAAUGGAGAGGUGAAAGGUGCUGCUGAGGAACCAGAACCUCCAAAAGUUACUGCAGCAAGUAGGAAGGUCGAGGUCAUCAUCCAGGAGAGGAGAGAUACAAAGCCUGGAGUGCCUUAUGUCCGAGAGUGGGAUAAAGGCAAAGAACUGAUGUUUGGACAAUGGGAAAAGAAACAGGAAGAACUGAGAGAUGAGCGAGACCCAGAAUUUGCACCACCUUCUGAUUACUUUUUGGGAGAAAAGAAAGAUGAUUAUCACCGAGGUCGGAAUUUGAACAGUUCUGAAACCUCCUCUGAAAAACUGGAAACGGAGAGAGCACAAAACCAACAGAGGCCAUCGGUGCCAGGGGGCAGUGGCAGCAGCACUGGAGAUGUGCCACUGUCACCACAGCCUUCCAACAGCAACGUUCCAGUUAAGCCAGGGUCAGCAGAGCCCAGUGGCCGUGACACUCAGGGCGUGUCAUCAGCAGAGGAUGACAGCAGUGAUGAUGAGGACAUGCUGCCACCAGCACAGGCUUACAGCUUCAGUGCCCGAGCUGUGCCACCCCCGCUGCGGGGUUACGGCUACAGCAGCCAGGCUGUGCCACCACCCAUGCCAGCCUAUGGCUAUGGCACUCCCGAGGUGCCCUUCCCAGUGCAGGCUUACGGCUAUGGAGCACCAGGAAUGGUGCCACCAAUGCACAGCUAUGGCUAUGGCACUCCUGAGAUGCCCUUUGCAAUGCAGGCCUAUGGCUACGGCACCCAGGGUGUGCCCCCAGCAAUGCACACCUGUGGAUGCAGCUCCCAGGGUGUGCCACCAGCAAUGCACACCUGUGGAUGCAGCGCCCAGGGUGUGCCACCAGGAAUGCAGACCUGUGGAUGCAGCUCCCAGGGUGUGCCACCAGGAACACAGGUCUGUGACCUCAGCAGCCAAGAUGUGCCACCAGGAAUACACACUUGUGGAUGCAGCAGCCAAGAUGUGCCACCAGGAACACACGCCUGUGGCUGCAGCACCCAAGAGAUGCCACCAGGAACAGAGACCUGUGGCAGCAGCGCCCAGGAUGUGCCACCAGGAACAGAGACCUGUGGCAGCAGCGCCCAGGAUGUGCCACCAGGAACAGAGACCUGUGUCAGCAGCACUCAGGAUAUGGCACCUCCAGAGCAGACCAGCAGCAGUGACACUCCAAAUCAGGAACCACUUUACCAAAGUUUAGAUGAUAUGCUCUCUUAUUAUAGACAAGUGACUUGAGCUGAGCAAAAAGAUAAGCAAGAACCAUGAUCUAAAGAACUGAAAUAUAAUUAAUUAUGUCCUCUACAGAAUAUUAUUUUCCUACAUAUGGGAAAAAUAAGUUUCUGUAAGUACAUCAGAAUAAAUCUGGACACAUAAGCUGUUGUACAUCACAGUUAUAUUUUGCCCUGUUGGUUUUUUUUAUUACCUCUUUAUUAAAAUUUAGCUCUUUGACUCUU